AUGCCCAUCCCCUCCUCUCCCGUCCACUCCCGCAACUCAUCCACUGUGUCUAGUGUUGGAAGUGUGCGUUCAGCAUCCGACCAUGACAGCGGAAUAUCCACCUCAUCGUCGCUUGAUACGCCCCGCACAAGUAUAAGUGGGAGCAACCCCAAAGCCGUACUUGAGCCACCUCUACUUGGUCAGGCUGACUCGUUGAAGCUGGCGUAUGAAGAUUUCGCCCCAUUCAUCGAGACGGAAGAACUUUCUGCAUUGGGUUACCGUGAAAUUUGGUAUAGAGUUGCUGUGAAUCAAGUGGCAGCCUAUACGCUACCCCUUGUUCUCUACGACAUCCUCCCAGAGAAUUCCAUUAAUCAACUCAUCCUCGCUCAUCACAGACAAGUCACGGCCGAGGGUCAACUUCGCGACCUCAGGCGGCCCAAGCAAGAUGAGCUGCUAGCGAAGCAAUAUCUUGUGCUUGAUAGGAUGCUGGAGCGCGCACAAACUGAGGCGAAAAUUCUCGAGCCCCUUCAUGCAAUGCGCUGGCAAGGAGAUAACAGCGCCAGUGCAAAAUCUCGGUCGUCAUGGAUGGAGAGCCCUGAGUCGGCAUCGCGAUCGGAGGGUUACAAUUAUUACUCGGAAAAUAUUUUGGGACGCCGCCUCGAUACAAUCCUAGUUCAUGUAUUACUAUGCCUCACCACGAAGUUCCCGCCUUUGCUGGCAGUCAGAAGUCCGCAGACUCAGCGUCCUUCCCAAAAAGUCCUUCGCUUCCUUGUGCCACACGUGGCCUCAAAUACAAAAGCUCUUAACUUAUUUGCUAAUGCGAUUGACGAGGUCUCUUUAUGGCGUGUAUUUGUCGGAAAAUCACAGCAGGUUGGGCUGCUGGAAGAUCCUGGGUCCCUCGUCCAAAUAGGAUUUUCUGCUGGUGUUCGCAGCACACCGAAAUUCGACCGGGUUCGCAAUAUCACCAACCGAAAAUUGCCCACUCACAUCAUUGAUGGCAUGGAUCACCAAUCUAGCUCGGUGUUUGCUCUUUUUUUGGAAUCUUUGCCGCAAUUGUCUUACAGAGGAAGCGAUGACAAGUUUGUCUUCAAGCUGAAAGGGCCCCUCCUGCUGGCGUUUGCGGACAAAAUUACUCACGCUCCACUCAUUUCGAGCACCAACCCCAUAAAUAUGCAAUAUCAUGGAUAG